AUGGCUUCUCUUAGAUAUAGUUUCAUGUUCUUCUAUUCUUACUUCAUUUUGACUUUAUUUUUAUUGCAUGCACCAUCGUUAGUUACAAGCUCCACGUACAGGUACAAGCAGCUCGAGUCAUCAUCAAUCAAUCGAACCGCCUCUAUCAACUCUACCAAGUACCACCACAGGUGGGUUGGACCAGUAGGUCACCGUGUGAUCACCGUGGAUGUUAACGGGGGCGGCGAGUUCCGGUCGGUCCAAGCUGCUGUUGAUGCUGUCCCAGAGAGCAAUAGGAAAAAUGUGACGAUACUAAUCAGCGAAGGACGUUACAUUGAGAAGGUGACUGUGCCAGCGAGCAAACCGUACAUAACGUUUCAAGGAGAAGGAAGAGACGUGACAAUCAUCGAAUGGCAUGAUAGAGCAAGCGAUCGUGGUGCCAAUGGUCAACAGCUGCGUACUUACAGGACUGCUUCUGUUUCUGUUUUUGCUAAUUAUUUCUCAGCUAGAAACAUAAGCUUCAAGAACACAGCACCAGCACCAAUGCCGGGAAUGGAGGGAUGGCAAGCUGCUGCUUUUCGCAUAUCUGGGGAUAAGGCGUACUUUGCAGGCUGUGGAUUCUAUGGUGCACAAGAUACUCUAUGCGACGAUGCAGGGAGGCAUUACUUCAAGGAGUGUUACAUUGAGGGCUCUAUAGAUUUUAUUUUUGGGAAUGGCCGCUCCAUGUACAAAGACUGUGAGCUGCACUCAAUAGCGACCAGAUUUGGAUCGAUUGCAGCUCAAGAUAGAAACUCUCCGGACGAGAAAACGGGGUUUGCUUUCCUUAACUGCAAGGUGACAGGCACUGGACCACUGUACGUGGGUCGGGCCAUGGGUCAGUACUCACGGAUAGUCUAUUCCUAUACAUAUUUUGACAACGUGGUUGCACACGGUGGCUGGGAUGAUUGGGACCACGUCAGCAACAAGAAUAAGACCGUGUUCUUUGGGGUGUACAGAUGCUGGGGGCCAGGAGCUGACGCAGUACGGGGUGUUUCAUGGGCAAGAGACCUAGACUAUGAAUCUGCCCACAAGUUCCUUGCCAAGAGUUUUGUCAACGGAAGACAUUGGAUAGCCCCUUCUGAUGCUUAG